GACGAAACUCUCGUGUCUCGCGAGAUUAUGAGUCAGACUUCAUCCAUGCUGACUGAAACACUCAGACUGAGUUACUGUACACAAAGCAAACCCGUGUAUUUAGUGGACUCGAUCCAGAGGCAGCUGUUGUUGUUUUCUGUUCCCGGGCUGGAGCUCCGUGUCGCUGCUGAACAUGGACCGGGACCGGGUUUAGCCCGGGCCGAGAGCGGGCUGGAGGCGGAAGCGGAUCGCUGGGGGAAAGCGAUGAUCUAGCUCAGUGAACUCCUCCUCUGAUUCUCUCUCUUGUUGGUGGCUCAACUGCGCUGAGUGAUGCCCAGCGGAGUUGAAUACGGUGAACUGGGGGAGAGCCUUCCUGCCAUUUCCUCCCUAAACGCCUCCUACUCUCAGACCUCCCUGUCCAUGCCCUCAUCCAGCUACCUCCCACUGCCUCCCUCAGAGCGCAGGGCCAUCUCUGACGUCCGCCGCACCUUCUGCCUCUUUGUUACCUUUGACCUGCUCUUCGUCUCCCUCCUCUGGAUCAUCGAGUUAAACAUAAACAAGAGUAUCUGGUUGAAUCUGGAGAAGGAGGUCGUUCGAUAUGAUUUCAGGUCGUCUUUCUUUGAUAUAUUUCUUUUAGCAGUGUUUAGGUUUUUGUGCUUGCAGAUCGCUUAUGCUGCCUUUAAACUACGGCACUGGUGGGUUAUUGCGUUCACUACACUGGUGACCAGUGCCUUCCUUAUUGCCAAAGUCAUCAUUUCAGAUUUGUUCACGGAGAAUGCCUUUGGCUAUGUGCUUCCCAUCACCUCCUUCGUGGUGGCCUGGCUAGAAACCUGGUUUCUCGACUUUAAAGUUCUCACACAGGAGGCAGAGGAUGAGCGAGCAUAUCUGGCCGCGAUAAAUGCAGCAUGUGAAAGUGCUCGUAUGAUCUACCCAAGAGCUGUAUCCGACGGCCAGUUCUACUCUCCUCCAGAGUCCCUUGCAGGUUCCGAGGAAGACCUUGAUGAGGAAGGCCUUGGCAGAAGAGCAGUAACUGCACAGGAGAAGGAGUUUGUGCGGCAGGGCCGCGAGGCGAUGGCUGUGGUGGAACAGAUACUGUCUCAGGAGGAAAACUGGAAGUUUGAGAAGAAUAACGAUAUAGGGGACUGUGUGUACACACUGGAGAUUCCUUUCCAUGGAAAGACAUUUAUUCUGAAGGCACUACUGCAGUGUGCUGCUGAGCUAGUGUACCAGGAGGUCAUUCUACAGCCAGAGAAGAUGGUGCAGUGGAACAGAACAGUGUCAGCAUGCCAGAUUUUACAGAGAGUGGAUGAUAACACACUGGUGUCAUACGAUGUGUCUGCAGGAGCAGCAGGUGGAGUCGUGUCUCCCAGGGAUUUUGUAAACGUGCGCAGGGUAGAAAGGAAGAAAGACCGUUACAUCUCCGCUGGUAUGUCGACCAAUCACAGUGCCAAACCUCCACACGCUCGCUAUGUUCGUGGAGAGAAUGGCCCGGGAGGGUUUGUGGUGCUGAAGUCCAGUAGUAAUCCCUCAGUCUGCACUUUCAUUUGGGUGCUCAACACUGAUCUGAAGGGUCGUCUCCCUCGGUAUCUGAUCCAUCAGUCUCUGGCAGCUACCAUGUUCGAGUUUAUGACUCACCUCCGCCAUCGCAUUAUGGAGGUCCGUGCAUGUCUACGGUAACCAAGGAGCACCUGACUUGUUUACUCUUUAUGCCGGAGCAGAAUUACGCUGCACUCCGCUCUGGUCUGUCCAUUUUUUACAACACAGCAGUAUUUUUGCGGUUGCCAUGUGAAGAUUCACUGCCACCCCUGGCUGGGAGGAAGUACAGCACACUGACAGUAAUAUGGAAGGAAACAGCCUGACCUUCGAAGGAUAUUCAGUUUUCAUCUCUGUUGCUUGAAGACAUCACAUCUGAGCCUUUUUUUUCUUUAUCUCCAUUUUCUCUAAUGAUUAGUAUGUUAGUUAGUUAGUUAGUUAGUUGUACCCAACGACAAGAGUAAGAGGUGUUGGAACGGAGAGCGUUCAGAUGCUGUGGGCUCCCACUGUAAAUAAGAGUUAAAGGCACAGAAAUUCACCUUGUUUGAGAGGAGGGGGUUUCCAUGGUGUUUUUUUUUUUUUUUCCGGUGCAUUAAAAUUAUGUCACUUUAUUGUGAUGCUGCAUCAGCAGCAGUUUAAAAAAAGAUGGCUGGCUUUAAAUGUGUUGGAGGAGGAGUGUGCUAGUCUUCACCAUCCUAAUGAUGGGGGAGACUAUAUGAACAGGGAUUGUUACCCAAACCCUCAGCGUUUCAAAUUGUGGAGAAAAUGGAUCAGAAAAAAUAUAUAUAUUUUAAAGCCCAGCUGUAGUUCUAAAAAAAAAAAAAUAUAUAUAUAUAUAUAUAUAUAUAUAUAUAU